UACCAAAGAAAUUGGAAAGAUAAGUGAUAGACUUCCCACGUAACGGAUGCCAAAAAGGCAGUUCCAUUUCUGAAAGUUGACGCCACGAUUUUGUCUUAACGGCGGAAGGACUCACGUUAAUGGCAGAACGCAACACAAACUCCACCAAGUUCAUCAUCAUCGUCUUAGCGGUGUAAUUAGUGUGAUUAAUAAUUAACGAAUUACAGAGAUUAAUCACGGUUUCAGCGACAAACCCAGGUCCACAUUGAAAAGGAAACAACCCCCAAAAUCUCAUCAACUUUCAAUUCUGUCUUCAACCAAUUAUAUUUUUCAGAAAAAUGGGUUUAAUAUCGGGAAUGAUGUUGGGUAUGAUAGUUGGGAUAGGGUUGAUGGCUGGUUGGCAUCGUAUGAUGCAGCACCGAAGUAGCAAACGUGCUGCAAAGGCAGCUGAUAUAAAGGUUCUUGCCUCCCUUGGCAGAGAGGAAUUGAAGAAAAUAUGCGGAGAUAGUUUUCCGGAAUGGAUAUCUUUUCCUGUUUUUGAGCAGGUGAAAUGGUUAAACAAGCAGCUGAGCAAGUUGUGGCCAUAUAUAGCUGACGCAGCAGAGUUGAUAAUAAGGGAGUCUGUUGAACCCCUUCUGGAAGAAUAUCGUCCUCCUGGAAUUACUUCAAUGAAGUUCACCAAACUCACUCUUGGUACUGUUGCCCCUAAAAUAGAAGGUAUACGUGUCCAGAGCCUCCAGAAGAGUCAAAUAAUCAUGGAUAUUGACCUUCGAUGGGGUGGUGACCCCAAUAUCAUCAUAGGUGUCGAAGCUGCACUUGUUGCUUCAAUUCCUAUUCAGUUCAAAGAUCUUCAAGUUUUCACGGUUGUCCGUGUCAUAUUCCAACUGUCCGAAGAGAUACCCUGCAUUUCUGCUGUUGUUGUUGCUUUACUUUCAGAUCCAAAGCCUCGAAUUGAUUAUACAUUGAAAGCAGUUGGUGGGAGUCUGACAGCUCUACCUGGUAUUUCUGACAUGAUUGACGAUACUGUGAACACAAUUGUCACUGAUACACUGCAAUGGCCCCACAGGAUUGUUGUUCCAAUUGGUGGUACUGCAGUUGAUCUAAGCGAAUUGGAGCUAAAACCCCAAGGAAAAUUGACCGUGACGGUUGUGAAAGCCAAUGACUUGAAGAACAAGGAGUUGAUUGGGAAGUCAGAUCCUUAUGUAGUCGUGCAUAUCCGUCCACUUUUCAAGGUUAAGACAAUGGUUGUUGAUGACAAUCUCAAUCCAGUUUGGAAUGAAACUUUUGAAGUGAUUGCAGAGGACAAGGAGACACAGUCACUUAUCAUCGAGGUAUUUGACAAGGAUAUCGGUCAGGACAAGAAGCUUGGUAUGACAAAAUUGCCUCUUCUUGAUCUAGAGCCUGAUACUCUUAAAGAAGUUGAACUAAGAUUGACACCGUCACUUGAUAUGUCUAAGGUGAAGGAUAAGAAGGACAGAGGAACUAUUACGCUCAAGGUGGUAUAUCAUGCAUUCAACAAAGAAGAACAAUUAGCUGCCUUGGAAGCUGAGAAAAUGAUGGCCGAGCAGAAAAAGAAGAUGAAGGAAGCGGGUCUCAUAGGGAGCACUGUUGAUGCACUUGAUGGAGCUGCAUCGUUUGUCGGAUCCGGGGUUGGAAUGGUGGGGACCGGUGUUGGAGCUGGUGUUGGGCUUGUGGGGUCGGGUUUCGGGGCAGUGGGCAGUGGUCUGAGCAAAGCUGGGAGAUUUAUGGGAAGGACGAUUACUGGGCAUUCUGCAAGCAGGAGGAGUGGCUCAACUACACCUUUGAGUCAGGAAAACGGCAGCAUGAAAUCUCAGUAGUUUGCAAAUAGAAUCACUAGUUUUUCAGGUGAAUUUGACCAGAUUGUUCGCUUUUUUUUUUUUUUUUUUACUCCGUAGCUUCUUUCUGUUAUUUGUGUAAUAGGAUAUUUUUAAUGUUUAUAGAAAAUUUAGCAUUUGUUUGCACAGAAGUUUCUUGUUCAAUGAUCAAUAUACCUCGUAGUACACACUUUCUGUUCUUUUUA